CAUACGUAUUCUACCUCAUACAACACUCACCCCUCAUGCCCUACGUGCCUCCCCACUUGCGUGGCAAGCAGAGCGAGUCUGCUGCGCCUGAGCCCUCCUCUUCUAGCCGCGCCCCCGAAGGAGGCUCGUCUGGAUUUCCUCGCACCCCUAGCCAUGGCAACCGUCUAGACAGCUACGAUAGGCGUGGAGAUGGCGGGUAUGGGCGCCAGGGCUCCGGGCUGCCCCGCACGGGCUCGACUCAGAGCUUCAACCGGGCUCCGAUUGAGCCGGUGUUCAACACCUGGCAGCCAACCAGCCGCGUGCUGUCGCUGAGCGACGAUACCAUCGCGGAAAUCCGGCAGCGGCUUAAGGUCACGGUGGAGGGCACGGAGGAUGAUAAGGCAGCGUCUCCUAUUGAGUCGUUUGCCGAAAUGAACCUGCACCCAAACAUCGUGGCGGAUAUUCAGCACCACAAGUACGAGACGCCCACGCCAAUUCAGGCGCAGGGUCUCCCGAUCGCUCUGUCGGGGCGCGACAUCCUGGGCUGUGCUGAGACGGGUAGCGGCAAGACCGCCUCGUUCUCAAUUCCCAUGAUCCAGCAUUGCCUGAACCAGCAGCCGCUGCGGGCUGGGGAUGGGCCCAUGGCGCUGGUCCUGGCGCCCACUCGUGAGCUGGCGCAGCAAAUCGAGCGCGAGGUGAAGGCGUUCAGCCGCAGCAGCGGGCGCUCGGUGCGUACCAGCAUCGUGGUGGGCGGAGUGCCCAUGCACGAGCAGCGCCACGACCUGCGCAACGGCGUGGAGGUGGUGGUGGCCACGCCUGGCCGCUUCAUCGACCACCUGCAGCAGGGCAACACCAACCUGGGCCGCAUCUCGUAUGUGGUGCUGGACGAGGCGGACCGCAUGCUGGACAUGGGUUUCGAGCCGCAGAUUAAGGAGGUGAUGAACAACCUGCCGCCCAAGCACCAGACGCUGCUGUUCAGUGCCACCAUGCCCAAGGAGAUUGAGGAGCUGGCGCGGGCGUACCUCAACAAGCCCGUGACUGUCAAGAUCGGCGCCGUGUCGACGCCCACCGCCAACGUGUCUCAGCGGCUGGAGCACGCGCCGGAGCCGCAGAAGCUGGACAUCCUGGUGGCGCUCAUCUCGGCGGAGGUUGCGGCCGAGGCUGCAGGCGGGCCGCCCAUGCCGCUGACCAUUGUUUUCGUGGAGCGGAAGACGCGCUGCGAUGAGGUGGCGGCGGCGCUGCGCGAGGACGGCAUCAAUGCCAACGCCCUGCACGGCGGUCUCAACCAGAAUGAGCGUGAGGCCGCGCUGCGCGACUUCGCCAAGGGCGACAUCAAGGUGCUGGUGGCCACCGACGUGGCCUCCCGCGGCCUGGACAUCAAGGGCAUUGGCCACGUCAUCAACAUGGACCUGCCCAAGACCUUUGAGGACUACGUGCACCGCAUCGGUCGUACCGGCCGCGCCGGCACCAAGGGCCGCGCCACCUCGCUGUGGAACGACCGCGACUCCUACCUGGUGGCGCAGAUCAAGCAGGCGCUGUCGGAGCUGGAGAAGGGCAACGGCUUUGCUUUCGCCACGGGCAAGGAGGCGCGCAAGGAGGAGCGCCAGCUGGCCCGCGAGUUCAAGUCUCAGCUCAAGAUGUCGAGCCAGGGCAUGGUGCAGACGGCGGGUGGCAGCGCCGUCAAGGUGGACGACAAGUACGCGCACAUGGCCACCGCCGCACCCGCCACCGCCGGGACAGGCGUAGCUGACGCGGCUUGGGACGACUAGGGGAGUGGCGCCGGUGCAGUGCAAUCAGCGCAACGCGCAGGCCGCGCGCGGCUGGCGCCGCCGCGGUUCUUAACAGAGAAGACAUUAGGACGAGAGCAUUUGACCAGGACGUCGCAGCGGGCGGUUGGCGGCUGUGCAACAUGUGGCGCUGGAGGCAGCAGCUGCGUGUUUGCGAAAGCGACAGUAGCAGCAGUCGGAUGCAAAUAGGCCUAGCGAAUCGAUGACGUGGCGUGCUGGGUGGGAUUCGCAAGUGGGGGCGCGAACGCUGUCGCGGAUUUGAUGCGUGAGGCUGGAAACCCGGGCAAAAUGGAAGGACGGAAACAGGGUUGCGCGUGCCUGCAGGAGGGCGGUGUGUAUCUGUUGUGAUUUUUGCGUUUUGCGAUGCCCCUUUCCCUUCGAAUGGAUCCGACUUGCCAUUGUCGUCGGUUGUAUGGCGCACCAGAGAACGGGUCGCGGGUAGGUUGCGAAACAGUUGCUGUGUGUUUUGUGUGCUGGGGCCGUCCCCAUGACGAGUUAGACAGGCAUGUGGCUCAGACGGGUGUGCAACGAGUUGUCGGACUGGACUCCUUGAAGGGGUUAACUGCUGGACACACAGGCGCGUGGGGCGGGGCAUCAAGGGUAGCGAGCAUUGAAGCCAAGAGGAAUCCUCUUAUCGGCACUCGCUUUGGAGGCAAGAUUAACCUCUGUGAAGGACCGGGGUUCAGAGGUUCAGCCGGCGAGGGGCUGCGGGAGGUUGCAAGGAGCAUAUACGAAGCAGGGGAGGUAGGAGGUGGAGCUCCCGCUGGGGUAAAGGAUUGGCUGAUUGAGGCAUUGCGCAAGGCGCAGGUGGUACCGGGGAGGGUAUCGGAGCGCAUUGGCGCCUGCAACCGAGUUGGUUC